AUGAAGUUCUCAAAAUUGAGCUUAUUAGCAUUAUUAUCUGCUACCACAAUUCUUGGUCAACAAGUUGAAGGCGACAAAGAAAUUCCAGAAAACGACGACACUAUUGUCAUCGACGGCUCUGCUAAUGCAAAUGAAAGACCAACUGCUAACGUUACUAUCACCUAUACUAUCUUAGAGAAGCCACCAUAUCAAAUUAAUGAUUUCUUGGAAUUCGAAACUGAAGACGUUGCUACUUUAAACUACACUAUCACAAACAACGAAAAUGUUAACUAUACUCUAAAUUCUGUCGGUGGUGCAAUUAUGAGAUUUGAAGAUAGUGUCACUGCAGCAAAUAUUACAUCAGGUAAAUUCGAUCCUGUAUUAAGAUUGAACGUUAACCAAACUGUGUCAGUUCAACAAAGAGUCACUUUCUUAGAUAUGAAAGAUGACGACUACUAUAUCCAACCAAAAGUCUACGUUCAAGAAUUGGAUUCUCCAAAAGAAUUGGAAUUGGGUGCCCCUUUAACUUUAAUGACAAUUAUGAAACCACCAAUGUCGUUAUUUGAUCCACAAUUCUUAUCUAUUCAAAUCUUAAUUGUUGGUGUUAUUGGUGCUGUAUCUUACUUCUUUUUAAAUUAUACUUUAAAUGGUAAGAAAAAAAAUAAUAACAAUUCUAACAAGACUACCAAUGCUAACAAUAAGAAAAUCGACACUUCUUCUUUCUUACCUGAACAAUACAAGAAGUAA